AUGUGGAGGAACAAAAAAAGUUGUGCAUUAGGAAAUGGUUUAAUCACUAAGACAUAUUUUUACGCAAGAGUUGGUAAAACAUAUACUAACAAUUUUGAAAAGCAUGAAUAUAUGUUGCAAAAUGGAAAAAAAGCAUUGGUUCAUUACUUGGGCAAUGAAAAAUCAUAUGUUGAUAGAUGUCAUGGAAAUUCAACAAAAUCAAAAUCUUUUUUUUACAGAUCAUCGCAUUAUGUUUUUGAUCAAGUUUUGGCUCAAGGGAAAAAUAAACCCAUGGAUGCAUAUAGGAGCCUUUUAUCAAAUGACCCAGGUGGUCAUAUUUCAACUUCUAUUAUUCCAAGAAAUCCUAAACAGGUUGCAAAUAUUAUGACAAGAAAUGCUGAAAAAAAUAAUUUUCAUAAUAAGGAUGAGGUUUGGAAUAGUCAUCUUGUUGCGUAUUCCAUUCAUCCAUUUGUUCGAAAAAUAGAAAGCUAUCCAGACAUCUGUAUUGUUAUGUGUUGUGAAAAAAUUGUUGCACAAAUGGAAGAAAUCUGUAAAAGCCAUGAGAUAUUAGUUGAAAAACCAGUUAAAAGUGAUCUUCCAAAACUUGUUUAUUCAAUAUCCUCAUUAGCAAAGGAUAUAUUAAAUAAAAACGGAGUUGUAUUUGUUCCCCAAAAUCGAAGUUGGUCAGUGAAAGAAUCAGAAACAAUUAUUCAUUCUGUAAAUUUGAACCCACCUGCACAUUGUACUUGUGGUGCCUCGAAAAAUUGUGUUCACAUUUUAGCAGUUCAAUAUCUCUCUGGAAAUGUAAAUAGUUUAGAACACUUUGAAGGGAAAAAAAGAAACUUAACUUCACUUAUACAAAAAAAUAGGCUUAAAGUUGAGAGAAAAUCAGGCAAAAAAAAACCAAGGAAAUGUGAUAUUGAUUCGAAUUUAAAAACAUUGAAUUUUUGUGAACUUGCAGUUCCAAAAAAUGAAAGUUUCAGUAUAAAGCAGAAUGAGCAAUCUACUGUGCCUGAAAUAAAAUACCCUAUUUCAAGAGGACUUCAAUGGGGUGUUGGUUUGGUUUUAAACAGUUGCACAAUUGAUAACACUUUAACAAUGUUGAAGUUGCGUUGCCAUGCAGAUAAGUACUUUUUAAAUCGCCUUGGUACUUCAGAAGCAGAAAUAGAGCUUAAAAAAGCAAUGAGAUAUUUAAAUAAUGAUGAUGACAAUUAUGGUAAAGAAAUCUGGGCAUCCUUUUUAAAAAGUAAAAUACAAAUUACAAGCUCACCUUGUUUUAACUUAUAUGGAUCAUCUAAAACAUUUUUUUUCAACCACUUUAAAGAAGCAUUUACAUUCGAGAGUGUUGGAAAAUGUUUUACAUGUUUAAAUAGUUCUUUUCAUCUUUUUGAUUUUAUAGAACUGCCUCCAAACCAUGACCCAACAGAUUAUUUGCUAGGUUAUUUGAAAGAUAAAAGAUUGCUUCUAAAUUGUUUAGUUUGUGGCAAUAAAGAAUUAAAUCACUGUGGCACGACAUUAAAAUCUCAAAAUACUUGGAUGAUUGUGAUUGAGUGUGAUAUUCCUAACAUUUCAAUUUCUUCGCUGAUGAAUUUACCAAAAAAAAAUUUAAUUGAAAAAUGUUACUUUUCCUUGGCAUGCAUAACUCUUGGACUUAAUGCUCACUUUACAUCUUUGCACUACAUAAGAGAUCAAUGGUUUUUUUAUGAUGGUAUGCAAAAAAAUGGAAAACUAACCAAGAUGAUACCAUAUAAUUGGCAAAAUAAAGUUGCAAACCAUGUCAUUUAUCUUAUUGAUUAAUGCUUUUUGAACUGAUAUGAAUUGCACUGUAAAGUUUUAAGAUUUUAGAUUCAUUUUUACUAUAUAGUGAUAAUAUUAUAACUAACACGAUAUAUUUAUGUUUUAUAAUAAAAAAGUUGUGUUUUUUUAUUUAUUAGAGUAAUUUCUGUUAUUUAUAUAUAGCUUUUGAAACACUUACAGUGAGUUUGCGAAUAAUUUGAAAGAAGUUUUAGUUAAAAUUUUCCAGAAAAUGUUUUUAAAGUUGUUGCUUUUUUUAUCAAUAAAUCUGGUAUAAUUGGUAUUGUUUUGUUUUGCAUCAUAAUACAAAUUUUCAUAAAAUAGUUAUAUAUUGUUAUAUAUUUUCAUGUUAUGUAAAACUUCUUUAACAUAGAUAGAUUUAUGUAACAUAGACACCCAAAAAUUGCGAUAUAGGUUGACAUCUAUUUCAAAUGAUAUCAAAAAUUAACUUUGAAUAUGGGUGUAUGUAAAAACACUGGCAACCAGCUUGUAUGCCAAUAUAUAAAAGUCUCAUUGACCCAUGUUUCAGUGUAUGCUGAUGUAGCUUUUAAAAUGUGAGAGGGCAAGGAAAUUAGACGUUACAGUACUUUUCACAAACUAAUCUGGCUUUAGUCUAUAUACUACAAGAAGUAAUAAAAAAAAUCAAUUUCAGAAGAUUACCAAUCCUUUCUUCCUGGCAUCUUUCAAAAACUCUUAAAAGUGAAUUUGGCAUUGACAGAUACUAAAUGGCGAUAAUUAUGUUAUAUCAGCAAAACGAGUAAUGAACAGUUUUAGUCUUCAACGGUUGAAAUUACUCAGCAAACAUGAAUUCAUUGAAGAAACUGAUUGUCGUUGCUCUAGCAUAAAGAUCGUUGCACGAUCGACCUGAUAAAAGAUGAAAUUACUUAUAUAUGUGAUUAAUUAAAAAAAGACAAUUAGUUUGUAAAUAAUCAGGUGAAUGGUAGCCUUUAUUAUAUGGCUGGUUGUGUUCAGCACAGGAUGUUGUGCAUAGUUAAUGUAACAAUAUCAGUUUUUCAGUUCCAAAAUUAAAAAUUAUGUUUCA